AUAGUUGUUACAAUACUUGGAGUGUAACAAGUGGGGGCCUGUGUCCGGGAUCAUAACACUGAAUUUCCUUUAAAAUGAAUGUAGAAAUGGCAGAGAGGUUUGAAGAUAUAACAAAGGAGAAAUUACAAAAUUUGAAGCUUCAAUCUUGUUGGCAAUUAGCACGAAGCUUGGGCAUAAAAUACGACAGGCAUUUCACUGCCCAGACAGUCAGAUGUAUGAUACAGAAUGUCCUUUUUCCAGAUGAGCAGGAUCCAGAGAUCGAGAAUGGAGAAGCAGAUAUUCCUUCCUUUUUGAAUUCUUUUCUACAGACACCUGAGGCCGAAACUACGACGCUAACAACCCCUAAUGGAGACGACGGACAUGAACUUCCUGAUACUCGGAAACGCUACGCUGCUACAACGACUCCAAUUCCAUCUCCAAGGACUAUAUGGGGAACAGAACUCCAUCAGGCUAAAGAAACGGAUCCAGGUAAACCAUUUACAGAUAGUUUUGAAACAGAACAAGAAGUCCUUUUGGAUGAUGAACACGUUCCACCUCAAAUCUCUUUAGCCCUUUUGACUACUAUUCAAUCUAAGGAGAAUUUUGAACGUCUAGAACGUAUUUUAUCGCUUCAAACCUCCUUUGUAGAAGCCCAGAGAAAGUUAAAAAGGGAGAAUUUUGAACGUGAAUCUUUGCUUUAUGAACGGGAAGUACUGAGGAAGAAAAGAGAAUCUAGUAAUAUGUAUACAAUCCCUUCAUUUGACCUUGGUAAAGCAGCCUCUUUGAUGCCUAAAUUUACGGAGGAUAAUUUAGAUUCAUUUUUUUGAAGCAUUUGAAAAUCAGGCGAAGGUGAUGCAAUGGCCUCCUAAAUAUUGGGCUGCUUUAAUACAUUCAUCUUUAAUAGGAAAAGCCCAAACCAUAACUGCAAACUUACCUUUUGAACAAUAUUCUGAUUAUACUCAGGUAAAAGAUUGUCUUCUGAAAGCUUAUGAUUUAUUACCUGUCAGUUAUUUGAAGAUGUUUAGAACUCUGAAGAAAUAUCCUCAGCAGUCUUGGGUGGACUUUGCCAGGGAAAAGCUCUCUGCUUUCGAGCGUUGGCGUAGGGCCGCGGGAGCCGCCUCAGUCGAGUCACUUUCCCAGCUGAUGUUGCAUGAAGAUCUUUUUAAAUAUUUUCCAGAGAGGGUGCAUACUUAUCUUUUGACAUUUCCCACUACUAACUUGUUAGAUACUGCUGCCCACGCAGAUCACUUUGAAAUUUCCCAUGCUAUAACCACAGAAAUGUCUAAGGCCCCGGAAAAGAAAUCUACCUCCCAAGGUUUUAGUUCAAGAUUGACGGCUAGGAAAGCUCCAGCUGGCGAACCUUUGAAGGUGUAUUCAGACAAAAAACAGGUGACAAACGGCUCUUUCUCCAGACAGUAUCCUAAAGAUCAAUUACCACUGUGCCUUUUUUGUAAAAAGUUAGGUCAUAGACAGUCACAGUGUUGGCAUAAACAGCGGGAAGAUAAAACCCAACCAAGAGGGAGGUAUCCUACCCAGGUAAUAAAUUCCUCUCGGAAGUAUGAAACUCGGGAUGAUGAAUCUCUACCUUUUCAGGCCUCCUCUAGCAGACCGUCUAAUAGAUGACUUUACCACGACAGUGCUUCAGAAGAAAAGGUCCGAGUAGCUAUGGAACCCUACUUUUCCCAGGGGAAGUUCGGACUCUGUAAAGAGAGUCAAGCAGUUUCUGGACCAGUUCUAGCAAGUGGAUGACUAACCUUGGAAUGAUGUACCUCCAUCCCUAUACCAGCUGGUUGGUUUCUUCUACUCCAUCAGCAUCUUAAACGCCGAGAUAUUUGCUUGUGGGCCGGGGUGUCAUGCCCCUAUGGUUAACCUUCCUUUAAUAUUACAUUGCGGUCAUUUCCUUUAAUAGCUAAAUUGGAAAUGAACGUCCUUGUAUUAUUAAGAUUAAUUCUUAUUAACAAUUAUAAUUUAUUGUAACAUGGCCAUGAUAAGUUUAAUUGGAGGUAUAGUAACCUGCCUGCCGCCCGGUGUGCCGGUGUGUAGUUAGCCGUGAUGUUUGAUGGUUAUACCCCCCCUUUCCCCCCCCCCCCCUUUAUGUUCAACUACUCUACUGAGUGUUGGUGAGUCACGUCACGUGACCCACUUUACCUGUAUGCUCAAGGUUGAGGGACGAGGAGUGAAGAAGUAGCAGCCAACGAGAACACUCCUGCUCAUCUCUGGUAACUGGCCAAGGUUUAUUAGCCGGCCUGGACAUAUUCUGUUUUAUUCUGACUGCUUCCAACUAGGAAACAAGACUUUAUACAUUAAAGUAAUCUCCAUUUAUAUAUGUUAUAUCUAGGAUCUCCUCCUAAUUGUCUGUUACAAAAAGCCUUAUGUAUAUGUUGGAUACUAUAGAAGAAACAUGUAUUCUUAACUUAUAUACGAUAAUUCGUAUAU